UAACGAAGCUCCCCACCACCCUGACAUAAUAGCAUUCCACUACUUUAUUCAAAACCCAGGAAAUGUCCUAGAGAUGGUCUGUAGCGGGAUCAGAGUCAUUAAGGACGGCUGAUAGACUUCAAGUCAUCAAAUGAGCAAACAAGUCAAACUUUACAACAGAAAAAGAGCAUUGAUGGACAGUCUUUUUGUUGAUGUCCCUGUCCACUGGACUAAAGAUAUCUUAAUGACGUCUAUGGAGGGUGUAAAUGAGACAACUUAGGGCCUUAUAAAAGGAGACUGGCUUCAAAGAGAGAGGUGAGAGUAGUAGUGGACCCCACAGCCUUUAACAGAACAUGUGUUUCAACACAAAGCACCGGACUACAGUACCAGGGAUGGACACAGGAUGCUCAUCCACCAAGAAACUCAAAGUUGUCAUCUUGAUGCUACUCGUCUCUCAUCUGGCCUGUGACGCUCAGGAGGUUGCCAACUGUUGCAGACAGAAAUCCCACUCCUGCCGCCUUUACGUCCUACUCUGUCGCUCAGGUAAUGGGACGGGGACAAGGGGAUCCCUCACUGAUGACGCAGCCGCUGGCAUCCUCACACUCGGUAAACGGAAAGAAACUGAUGAACGUCGUUUCCAGAGCCGGUUGAAUCAGCUACUCCACGGGUCACGGAACCAAGCGGCGGGAAUCUUGACGAUGGGGAAGAGGACCGAAGACACAGCAGAACCGCUCAUGCACUUGUUUCCCAUUUUAGAGACGGCCCCCACCACCACAGCCCAGUCGGUUUUACAACUACCAUUCAAAUGAUUCACCUGGAAAACAUCAAUGUUGACCCAUCAUUUUUGAGGGACUGCGUCAAACAUGGACUAAUGAAAAAUAUAUGAAAACAUGGGUUUUGGGGUAAAAGUUCCUUUAAGAUUUCAUUUCUUUGUGGAGUAGAGUAGGUGUUAGUAAUUCUGUUAGUAAUUUUGUAAAUAUUGUAUAUGAACUCAUUGGUGUAAUAAAAUGU